CUAAAUUAAACGUCGAUUGAAGAUGGCGCAUGAGACUUGGGUCUUCAGGUCUCGGUCUUGGUUGCCCUUCGAAAUUGCUGAUAUUGUGGCAGUAUGGCACGAAUAUCGAAUACCGAUCCUCCUCUCGACAUUUACACUCCUUAUGAUCUUCCGGACUGUGUUGCACCUGCGAUCGCCCAGAGAGAGAAUCUUCUAUACUCCGCAAAUUUCCCCGCCAUUGCCAACAGAGAAAGUAAGGCUGCUAGACGACAAGAGGGUCAAUGGAGAGAAGAAUCCUAGGCGCAUUGUGGGAGGGUUGAAGAAGAGGAAAUCUUCAGAGGAUGCUGCACAAUCUGGAGUUCGAAAGAUCCAAGUCCUGGUCUUCUUUUCCUCCUUGACUGGAGCUACCGAGAAGACAGCGACGGCCUUCACGGAAGACCUUGCUAAAAGCACCAAGAACCUGGAAGAUUCAGCAACCACGUUUCCCGAACCUCAAUUACUUGAUCUAUCAUAUAUUGAUUAUGACGACUAUUUCAUCACGCCUCCGAAAGGCGAAGGAGGAACUCAAUUCUUCUAUUUACUUCUCCUACCAACAUAUAAUAUCGACACAGUCCUCGACAAUUUCCUUGAGCAUUUACAAGAAACACAUAAUGAUUUUAGGAUAGAUACAGCACCAUUAUCUCGACUUUUGGGGUAUUCGGUCUUUGGAUUUGGGGAUAGGGAAGGAUGGCCAACAGAGGAAGAAGGAUUUUGCUCGCAGGCAAGAGAUGUGGAUAAGUGGAUGGCUAAGCUGACAGGAAGGAAAAGAGCUUUCCCAUUGGGAAUGGGAGAUUCGAAGAUGAAUGCUGCAGAGCGCUUGCGAGAGUGGAUGGAAGGUGUAGGAGAUGUCCUGGGGCAUAUUGCCCGGACUGGAGGACUAGGUGAAGGAGUUGUUGGAAGUGGAGAUGCAGUAGAAAGUGAUCUAGAGGACCUGGACGAAGAGGACGAAGUUCUGUUUGACGAGCAAAAAAUUGCUCAAGGGAAGACGAAACUUCAAAAGAACGAUGUGCUGAACGAUUUAGAAGACAUCGGCAGCACAUUAAACAAAUCAUCAGUUGAUCCCUCGGAACCUCUGGAGGUAGAUUUCACAUCUUACUCCAAGAAAACUCGACCCACACCACCACCAACUGUCAAAGAAAUGGUCCCCAAGAACUCGCCUACCUACAAUGCUCUCACAAAGCAAGGCUACUCCAUUGUCGGCUCUCAUUCUGGCGUCAAAAUCUGCCGCUGGACCAAAUCCGCUCUCCGUGGCCGAGGCUCCUGUUAUAAAUUCUCCUUCUACGGCAUCGCCUCCCACCAGUGCAUGGAAACCACACCCUCCCUCUCCUGCUCCAACAAAUGCGUCUUCUGCUGGCGGCACGGCACCAACCCCGUCGGCACAACUUGGCGCUGGGUUGUCGACCCGCCCGACCUGAUCUUUGCCGGCGUAAAAACAGGCCACUACCAAAAGAUCAAAAUGAUGCGCGGCGUGCCAGGUGUCCGAGCUGAGCGUUUCGCUGAAGCUAUGAGGAUUAGGCACUGUGCUCUCAGUCUAGUAGGAGAGCCGAUCUUCUACCCUCAUAUUAAUGAGUUCACUGCUAUGUUGCACGCGGAGCACAUCUCCUCAUUCUUGGUCUGCAAUGCACAACAUCCAGACCAACUCGCUACCUUGAAACCAGUUACACAGUUAUACGUCUCCAUCGAUGCCUCCAACAAAGAAUCACUGCGGAAGAUUGACAGACCGCUGCACAGAGAUUUCUGGGAGCGCUUCAACCGCUGUCUCGACAUCCUACGCGAACGGAGGUUCGAGCAAAGAACUGUUUUCCGGCUCACUUUAGUAAAAGGAUUUAACAUCGAAGAUGAAGCCGAAGGCUAUGCUGCCUUGGUGGAGAAGGGAUUACCCUGCUUCGUAGAAGUAAAAGGCGUUACCUACUGCGGUACAUCCUCUUCCGCCGGCGCCGGCUUGACAAUGCAAAACGUGCCUUUCUACGAAGAAGUGUGUGCCUUCGUCCUCGCUCUCAACACCGCUCUCGCCAAACGCGGACUUGAGUAUGGCAUAGCGGCGGAACAUGCACAUAGUUGCUGUAUCCUGAUUGCGAGUCAGAGAUUCAGGAAAGAAGGGAAAUGGCACACGAGGAUUGAUUAUGAGAGAUUUUUCGAGUGCUUGGAGAGUAGGCAACCCUUUAGGCCGGAGGAUUAUAUGGGGCCUGAGACGCCGGAGUGGGCUACGUGGGGAAAUGGCGGGUUUGAUCCGAGGGAUGAAAGGGUGUUCAGAAAGGGGAAGAAUAAGGUUGCGUUGACGGAGAGUCAGGGAGAGGUGAUGGGUGAGUAGCGUACUUUAAAACCAUUUUAGGAAUCGAAGGGAAGGAUCAAAGAGCAUUUAUUCUGAGGGCAACAACUUUUGUGUAAUUCUUGAUGCCAAGAGAGCAAAAUAAGGAUCUGUAAGGCCAACACCCGCAAUGCAGCAAAAUUAUCAUCAUCAUCAAAGACGUCCAUGAGCGCUAAUACGCCUUCCCGUGUGUGAACUCCGUUCUCCCAAAGUAAAACCAGGGCUAGAGAGCCAAAAGAACAAAAUGUAUGUCUAGCUCUUAACCAGUGGCAGUUCCAGAAGGCUCACCCUCCUUCUCCAACCUCUCCCUCUGCACCAUAACCCUCUCAUUACAAAUAUC